AUGAUCGUGGAGAGGACGCCGCGGAGCCAACGCCGAAGAUCCAUCGGCGCAAGCCGCACACGGCGCCCACACCGCCCCUCAACCUUCGUCGCCGGGCGCCCACGUCGGCAGAUUCCGCGGCAAGGGCGCGGCAAGGCACGCAAAAAACACGCCGUGGUUCAGAAGCAGCUUGUGCGUGAGGAGGCGCCGGGCACUUGUUCUCCCGGGCGGCCCGCCGGCCUGGCCGGGGUGGAGGCACCCGGGCCCGAUUUUGGUAAACAACUGGCUCGGUUCCUUCGUGGUUUGUUCGGUCUCCCGAGCCCUGGGCCGUUCCCCGCCCCUAACGGCAAUGUGGGCGUUUUCCCUCGUCCGUUGGAUGAGGACGGGCCCUUAUUUUCCUUGUUUUGCCUUCUUUGCUUCGGCUUAAAAUGUCCUUUGCCCGCGGUUUAA